AUGAAGAUAUCCUGCAUAGUGAGAGUGAUCCAGCAGAUGGCGCUAAUAGACUGAACCAGUAAGAGAAACUUGCAGAAGAAGAAGAGAAGCAACAACAAACAUGUUCAUCAACUGCUAGUAUCGGGAUGAAUGAUGCAUUAGUAGUUAACCAUUUAACGUAGACAUGAAGCUUAAAGAGUUGGAGAGCUGUCUUCAGCAGGUGGACGGAUUUGAGGAACCCAAAAUUCUCCUCGAGCAGUAUCCCACCAGCCCUCAUAUAGCAGGCUGUAUGUUAUACACCAUCCACAACACAUUUGAUGACAUAGAGAACAAACUUGUGGCUGACCUGGGCUGUGGCUGCGGGGUGUUGUCUAUAGGAGCGGCAGUCCUUGAUGCUGGACUUUGUGUGGGAUUUGACGUUGACGAAGACGCUUUGGAUAUAUUCAAAAGAAACGUUGAGGAAUUCGAACUUCACAACGUUGAUGUUGUCCAGUGUGAUGUUUGCGCUAUUGGAUCCUUGUACGACAAGAAGUUUGACACUGUUAUCAUGAAUCCUCCAUUCGGCACAAAACAUAACCAGGGUAUUGACAUGCAGUUCCUAAAGACGGCCAUAUCCAUGGCCAGAACGGCGGUGUAUUCUCUUCACAAAACCUCCACACGAGAUCACAUCCAGAAGAAAUCUAAAGACUGGAAAGUGAACAUGGAAGUCAUCGCAGAGCUAAGAUAUGACCUACCAGCAUCUUACAAGUUCCACAAAAAGAAGUCGGUUGACAUUCAAGUGGACUUCAUUCGUUUCACUCCGACAUAAAAGGAUUGUCUUUUUUUGCAAAUGUUUCAUUUUUUUUUAACAAACACUGCUGCUCAAAUAAAUUUUAUAACUAAACAUGAUUGUCAUAAUUUACAAAAA